ACCACCGGAAGUGAAGGGUGAUGGGGUGUGUCAGGGUGAAGAGGAGGAGAAGUAGGAGGAGGAAGAGGAGGAGUUGAAGAUGGAGGAAGAGGAGGUGUUCUGUUCGUCCGAGACCACAGGAGAGGAGCGGCCGCCAUGUUAACCAAGAAGCCCGGAGCCUCGGUCCUCCCGACGGGGAAAUCGGGCGAGCUGAUCUGCUCUCCGGGUCACAGCGGCUCUCAGACGACGUCACCGGUCGCCCUGCCGCCUCUCCGCAACAACAACCACAACCCGCUGACGGGCGGCUCUAAAGCGGCCAUGUCGGACUCCGCCCAGCUGCCGUCGCAGUCCCAGGUCCACAUCGCUCAGCUGUACGAGGAAAACAGCAACAAGCGCUCGGUUCUGACCUCCCAGCCCAACGGCCUGGUUCCAAUAAGCUCCACCCGGCCAGGCCUGCCCAUCCCAGACCGACAGACCUCAGCGUCAGAGCCCGCCCACAAUGGCCGCCAGGGCAGUGCCACCUCUAACAAGUCGACGGACGGCAAGCCAAAGCAGAACCCCCUGAGUCCCGAGCAAGCCUUGAAACAGUUCAUGUCCAAGUUGAGCUCGUUCGAGCACCACGAGGUGUUCAGCUACCCUGAAGUGUUUUUUGUUGGUCCGAACGCAAAGAAGAGGUCGGGAGUUCUGGGUGGGGCCAACAACGGUGGCUAUGACGAUGAUCAGGGGUCCUACAUACAGGUCCCACAUGACCAGGUCGCCUACCGAUACGAAGUCCUGAAAGUCAUCGGGAAAGGCAGCUUUGGACAGGUGGUGAAGGCCUUUGACCACAAAACCCAGACCCUCCUGGCUCUGAAGAUGGUCCGCAACGAGAAGCGCUUCCACCGGCAGGCGGCGGAGGAGAUCCGCAUCCUGGAGCACCUGAGGAAGCAGGACAAAGACUCUAGCAUGAACGUCAUCCACAUGCUGGAGCACUUCACCUUCAGAAACCACAUCUGCAUGACCUUCGAGCUGCUCAGCAUGAACCUGUACGAGCUGAUCAAGAAGAACAAGUUUCAGGGCUUCAGCCUCCUGCUGGUCAGGAAGUUCGCCCACUCCAUCCUUCAGUGUCUGGAUGCCCUGCACAAGAACCGCAUCAUCCACUGCGAUCUGAAGCCCGAGAACAUCUUACUGAAGCAGCAGGGUCGCAGCGGCAUCAAGGUCAUAGACUUUGGUUCCAGCUGUUACGAACAUCAGAGGGUCUACACCUACAUCCAGUCCAGGUUCUACCGAGCACCUGAGGUUAUUUUAGGUUCCAGGUAUGGGAUGGCCAUCGAUAUGUGGUCUCUAGGCUGCAUCCUGGCAGAGCUGCUGACUGGUUACCCCCUGUUGCCCGGUGAAGAUGAAGCGGACCAGCUGGCCUGCAUCAUCGAGCUUCUGGGCAUGCCCAGUCAGAAACUCCUAGACACCUCCAAGCGGGCAAAGAACUUUGUGUCCUCCAAAGGGUUCCCGCGUUACUGCACCGUCACCACGCUGCCCGAUGGAUCAACGGUGCUGAACGGGGGACGCUCACGCAGGGGGAAGGCACGUGGCCCUCCGGGCAGCAAGGACUGGAGCGCUGCCUUGAAGGGCUGCGAGGAUGCGCUUUUUCUGGACUUCCUCAAACAGUGCCUGGAGUGGGACCCGGCAGUCAGAAUGACACCGAGCCAGGCGCUGCGGCACCAGUGGCUCAGGAGGAGACUCCCCAAGCCACCGAUGGGAACAGCCACCGGGGACAAGACGUCCUCCUCCAAACGAAGCACUACCGAUGCUGCCGUGACCUCCAUCUCCAAACUCGCCACAACCACCUCCUCCUCCACCACCUCCACUUCCAAAGCUAGGACUAACUUGGCAGCGAUAACCGAUGCCAAUGGAAACAUCCAGACUCGAACGGUUCUGCCCAAACUGGUCAGCUGAGAGACGGCACACCCCACCUGCUCUGGUGGGAGAACCAGUCGGACCUGAAUUAAACUGGUGUACCCAGUUUUUUAAGCGCAUUUGAUUUUUAUUGCACUGCAGGGGUGCGUUUAAGUCACAUGCAGCCAUGGAAACUUGAUUGUUGAAACGUGCAAAGUGAUCAGAAAACGUGAGCAGAGCUGGUCUGCGUUUGGAGAUGACUCCAGAUUCUUUUGUCCCAUCGGAAAAAGACGAGAUUUGAAGGCAGAAGGAGGUGAGAACAUGUGAGUCGACUGGUGCGGUUCAGACAAUCCAACACUUUGUGCUAAUCUGUAGCUUCAAACAACAAAAACGUGGUGCUAAUGGAGGGAACAACAUGUUUUUAGGAUCUUUAGUUUUUAAAAAAUUAACACCAAAAAUAUUCAAUAACUUCACAAAGUUAAAAUUCAGAGAAAGUUCCUGUUCUCUGAUCAAGAUGUGAAGAAUCCUGUUGAUGCUAAAGCGGCUGGAUUGUAGCUAAAAGACUCAAAGAUUUAACAGCUUUCAUUUGAACAUCUACCUGUUAGCUAGCUAACUAGCCUAGGUAGCAUUUGUUUUGUGUCGACUAGCUAGCCGGUAGUACCAAGCUGGCAUAGCGCCUGUCAGCUGGUUAACUGUGAACUAACUGGACAGCUAGUUGUAUGUAGCUGUUCACCUUUUUACAAUUAAACUGGCUAGCAGUUAGCUUUGCAAACUUACGGCUACAGCUAACUGUAGCGACACACUGUUUGCCUUCAGUCUCCUGGCUAGCCCUUAGCCGAUAUUAGCCAUAGCGUGUCAGCUCUCCACUGCCCAACCUUAUUUUACAGACGCAACGACUAAAUGAUUUUACAGUUUAGCAUUAGCACGUUUGUUAGCAUGCAGGCUAAACAAGAAGGACCGUUGAUGUCUGUGUUCAUAAGAACCAGUUUUUCUCUUUUUAUGAACCAAAUAUGGGUCUUUAGGCUGAUUGAGAAGUAAUUAACAACUUAAGUCACGUCCAAGGGCUCCGGUGUUUUAACAUUUUUACUCUCUGAGAAAAAAAUAAAUUAGUAAAUUGUUUUAAUUUUGAGCAAAUCUUCAACAGAAGUAGUUGAUGUUUAUACAACAUCACACAAAGGCCCACUGGAUACCAAUAAGUCCUGUGUAACAAAACUAUUGUUAUAAAUAAGCUUAUUGUUAUUUAUCUGUUUCUGUAAGGCUGUAAACACAAAUGUAGCUCUGGGCACGGUUCCAGAAACGCACCAAUCAUAACAAAGUGGGCGGAGUUCUUAAAGAGACAGGAAUCAAAUUCAUAAAGGUUUCAGCAAAAGUAAGUAAUUUGAUUAUCAUAAACUUUUAAAAACAUUUUAACUGCAAGUAAAACUAAACUCACCAAACUGGCAGAAAAGAUGAUGACAAAUUGGCUUCUUGUUUCGUAGCAAACGGGAUUCUCAUGUUUGUUUAGUUGUUUCUGAUGCAACCCGAAGUUUUUAUCGGCUCAUGAAGGAGUUAUUUCUCCGUGUCUAGCUGUGGCUGGAGCUAGCUUCUUAGCUAACGUUGUGAUUCAGUGUUGAUGGGUGAAAGGGGGGGGGACUGAGGAAUUAAUUUAUUUGCCAUAUUUUAAUAUUUAAGUCAAAUCUGUGUAUUUACUACGAUGUGCAGUUUAUACUGUAUACUUGAAUGUGUGUGAGUGCGCAAUAUCAAAAAAUUUCCUAACCUAUGUUCACACACACACACACACACACACACACACACACACACACACACACACACACUAUAUAUAAACAUUGAGACACGGACGUUGUUCCUGAAUGCACCGUGAUCGUCGAGUCAUGUGAGGAGGAAGUGAUUUGAUGAAGAAGUGAAAAAGGUUCUGAAUAUCGGCCCUGAUCAGGCCGUCGAUGUGAUGUAGCUCACAGGAAGUGGACCACUGCGGGCUACAGAAGGAACUGACUGUCAACGUAACUGCGCCGCCCUUCUCAGAAGCCCCGCCCCCUGCCGAGGGAGCAGGAAGGUAGUGGGGAGGGAAUCCUGUGAUGUUUUUGUUUUUUUUAAAGAUGUGAUUGGUUGUGUUUUUAAUAAUUUUUUAGGUGAGGAGUUUCUUGAGUCGUAACUUUGUGCCUUCAGUAUCUCAACGCCAUGUCACGCCCCAACACACACACACACACACACACACACACACACACACACACACACACACACACACACUCAUUUACAGUUAGCUGACCCUUUUAAAUACCUAAUAAUUCUUAAGACGUUCUAACAAACUUUAAAAGAACUAAAUAUUUCUAAGCUGCAGACAGAUUUGAUGACUAAAAUCUCUGGAACAGUUUUCUGACUACCUCAAACCAAGCAUCUCACUUCGCUGUGGAUGCUGACUAAAACUACUUCCAGGAGGCACUUUGUCUCAAAGUGUUCUCGAGUGUUUUCAGUGUCGUCUUGUGAGUCUCUGAGUCUCACUCUUGUUGUGAACGUUUUCUCAGAUAAAUGAUGAGAAACUAAGCUCAUUUCAAAAUAGUCACAUUUUAAGUUUCUGCUAAUCAUAAAAUGUGAGACGGGAUAAGACUUAAUUACUGGAGAUGCACUGAUGAUGGGUGGGCUAAUAGCGACUUCUGAUUCUCGUGCAGCUAGAACCAGUUUAAUCCUGUUUAUUUUAAAGAAUCAAACACUUUGAUCAGGCAUAGCUGAUGGGAAUUAGCACUUAGGAAUGGUUUACAGACUUGGAAAAAGGUUGAAUGGCUGCUUAGCUACGAUGCAUUGAGGGGUGGGGGCCUAAACCACAAUUCCAGCGGACCACUAGAAGGUACUUUAGAUCUUUGUGGAAUCAAACUUCUCCGUGGUGUCUUUUCAAUGUAAUCCUGACAAAGAUAGCUUUACCUGUCAAAUUACUUUCCCCAGUUUGUUGCCGGCAGUCACCAUCACGAGAGAUUCUUCAUCAUCAAAGGAGAAUCACGGCGUGGUGUGUUGAGUGCAGAGUCAUCCAGGGCAUGGUCGUCUAGAAGGUUUACUUCUAACAACUGGACUUUUCUUGUCGUUGCCGACGAUCCUGGAAAACUGUUAGGAUCAUCGGCACCAACGACACAAACGGGGAGCUGAAUAGAGGGAGGGGCCUGGGACUCAUGACAUUGACGUCCUCAUUAGUGAGUCCUAUUGCCCUAUCAGGGUUUUGGUUUUCGAUGGUUUCGAUUUUCAAACCUGCAACCUUCUUGCUGCGAGGCAACAGUGCUAACAACUGUGCCACCAUGCAGCCCGACUCCUGCCAAUCCAAGCCGUUUUUACAAAACAAUGCCGUCAAUUUUCCGCAAUGCCAUGGUGGUACCUGGGAGCCUUGGGUCUUUAUAAGUGAUCAGACCGUGGCGGUAAUGUGGCACGAUCAUGUCCUUUUUACAAAAGAUUACGCGAUGGCAGCAUAAAGGGGGUAUGGGAGCGGUAUGCCCUGCCGCGGACUUCCGUUUAUCUUGGACAUGACUUGCUUUUGAUUGCGAUCGAAGCCACGAUCACUACGUUUUUUAACAAGCCGCUCCUAAAGGUUUCUGUCCUUCAGCUCCAACGGAGAGAAGCUCAUGCAGCGCUGACUCACAUCAGUUUAUCAUUUCAGCUGCUUCUGUUCACAAAAGUGAAACGUAUUGAUCGUGUUUACUUUCAUUAUCAAUACAGUUGCCAUCCGGAGCUCGGCAGGGACUCCCCACGUGAUCAUAAUUCUGUUGCGCCAAGAUAUAAUCGCCUUUCACGAGACAGACAAUUACUACGAUAUAAUAACCGAGCAAGGCGGAACGAACGCCACUAAUUUAGCGCAUCACUGUACCGGCGCGUUUAUAAGACACACCAAUGCUGUAAUAUUGCACUGAUUUGCCAACACGGUGUGUCUCAUAAAUAAAAAGGGUUUCAAGUUUCAGAACUGAAGAAGCUUCAAAGACGAGAGGCAAAAUGCCUUCAAGGAAAAGAAAUAGUCAAGUUGUUCCAACAAGAGUUUCAAGAUCAAAGGAAAUAUUCAUCUUCAAGAGCUCAUCAUUGUGUUCCAGUAGAAUAAACUUUAUUAAUCCCACAGUGGGGAAAUCCACUUGCCAUACUAGCUGAUUCUCUUAGUUAUUUUUGUUCAUAACUAAUACUAAACCAACUGAAACCAGAUUUCUACUGGUAACUGGCCAAAUUUUUAUUUUGAUUGGACGUUGGCCUCCAUAAAUUCCAAUAGUAGUUUAGGAUUUUCUUCAAUUCAUUUAUCUUAUUUCCAGAUUCAAAACUCUUCCGCGAGCCUCUUUAACGUCUACAAAGCCAACGGAGGAAGCUAACUACGUAUCGUAGCUUUAAACUGAACAGCUCAAAUCAAUUUGUGUGUGUGUGUGUUGGGUAGGGGCUUUCAACAUGGCUGCACAAUGUACAGACACAUAUCAGCCAACUUUUGUUACCUUUCGCCUCGUGACUGAAGGGCAACAUCUUCUGAUGACGGAGCUAAGCUAACACUAGCCGUUUGCUGCACUGACAUUUGUUUUCUCUGUGGUGAAGCUAACACUAGCCUCCUGCUAACUAAAUGCUAGUAGCAAGAAGCCAUGUUUAGCCUGCUAAAUGUGAGCUCUUCCCUUUGGUGCCCACAUCCUGUUAGUAUUAAUUUAAUGCAUUAUUUUUACAUUUGUACCUCAGAUUGAAUUGCUGUUGUCAUUGUAAUGACUAACACCCAGGGCAUUUGGUGAAAUCUACCAAAGUGCAUUCCAUUACACAAGUAGAUAAGCGCUAGCUGUUCUAGCAAACACACAGAAAGCCGAGAGAAGAGUUAAUAUGAUUCAAAUGUAAUUAAUGGCUGCAGUCAUACAAGAAUAGAAAGUCUGUUUAACUUUCUUUUUAGUAGCACUUCCAAAAAGUUUUUUUUACUUGUGUGUUAACAGCGACAGCCUGUUAGCCAACUAGCUAACAAUGACAGCGUUGCGUUUCUGACAAGUUUGCCAGCUGGGUUUGUUGUUCCAUUCUAGUGUCAAUAAUGUUUGAAUUUACAUUUUAGGGGAGGAUGUUGAAUGCAGCGUGGCCAGUUUUACUACGUACUGUAACUACUGUACAGAACAGACAAUUUUCUAGUGAGCCUUUGUUAAAUUUUAAUGUGGUGGGAAAAAUUAAAAGUUUCAUUGCUAA